CACUAUCCCGUUUUAGAAGAUGUAGCCACAGGAUCGACUUUUGCUUCUUCUAUUUCAAAGCUGGCGAGGUACGCUGUUGCCAUGGAGUGCCGCCUAGCUAUGGCAGAGCUUCGGGUUACUGAGGCCCGAGAGGAGGCAACUCGUUCUUUGGACGAAAUGAGAAUCCAGAUGAAGACAAGAGAGGAGCAAUUUUCUUCCAAAUCUUGUGAAUGG